UUUGUAGGGUUUGACUUCAAUGUUUUUUUUUUGCCACGUAAUUUCGCUGCUUAUGGUUGGGAAGAAAUCAAGAGAUUUGGACUGACACUGGCGUUGGUUUGGAUCUUUGGAGCUUGAUUCUGCAGGUGGAUUUGUUGGUAUUAUUUUUACUAUUGUUUUUCUUUGGAGAGAAUUGUUUGGGUUUUGAAUGAGAGGGAAUUCCAAGGGAGAAGGAAGACGAUGAAAGGGGCUUUGGUGGUUUUGGAGGGACGAUGACGGGAGGGUCAUUGGGUCUACGUACAGGGAGUUAUGGAUCAUUGCAGCAGCAGCAGCUGCUGCUGCAGAACAGUGUUGCAGUGGCAAUUCAGACGAUGCCUGUCAGCGGUCGCAAGCCCCCGAAGAUGCUGUUGCCUGGUUUGAGAGAGAAGGAGAGGUGCCGCCCUUGGAUUUGCAAGAUCACUGGCCGGAGGAGAGUCGGGAUGCUCUUCUUGGUGAUCAUUUCUGCUGCGGUCUUCACGUCCCUUAUGUCUGCCUUUACCAAAGAUGAAGAUGCAGAUGGUCCCGACAUACGCCCAAAGUCUUCACAACGUUUCGAAGCCGUUGGAGUCAAUGGCAUAAUUAUGUCUAGCUAUUAUGAAUCGCCCCUGAUUUCUGGGGAAAGAGAUCAUGAGAGGGAUAAUAAGUCUUCCUCUUUAUUGGAGACCAACUCAGGAAGUGACAAAAAUACAACCAUACCUCCUCCUCCUCCUCCUCCUCCUCUUGCAAUUCUUUCUGGUGGCCUUCUUUCAGGACAUCCUUGUGAACACUUUGCAUUUCCACCCCCAUCAGCUGAUAGAAAACGGAUUGGUCCACGCCCGUGUCCGGUCUGUUACCUUCCUGUUGAUCAGGCCAUGAUGUUUAUGCCGACUGCCCCAUCGGUAUCUCCUGUACUAAAGAAUUUAACAUAUGCCACAGAAGAAAAUUCUAUCAGUCUUCCGCUAUCUAGAGGUUCUCCGUUCGGCGGAUAUCCAUCUCUAGAGCAGAGGAAUGAUUCUUUCAAUAUAAAAGAGUCAAUGAAUGUGCACUGUGGAUUUGUUAAGGGAGACAGACCCGGUCAUCAAACUGGAUUCGACAUGGAUGAUGCUGAUCUUCUUGAAAUGGAGAAAUGCCAUGGCAUAGUUGUUGCCUCCGCAAUAUUUGGAAACUAUGAUAUGAUACAACAACCAAAAAAUUGUAGUGAGGCUGCGAAGAGAAAUGUUUGUUUUUAUAUGUUUUUGGAUGAAGAGACAGAAGCAUAUAUGAAGAACUCUAGCCUCCUAGACAACACAAACAGGGUUGGAUUGUGGAGAGUCGUUAUCAUUCAUAACCUUCCUUAUGAUGAUGCAAGACGCAAUGGAAAGGUUCUGAAGCUACUACUGCACAGGAUCUUUCCCAAUGCCCAAUUUUCUAUAUGGGUAGAUGGAAAGCUUGAGCUUGUCGUUGAUCCAUAUCAAAUUCUGGAGAGAUUCUUGUGGCGGCAGAAAGCCAGUUUUGCAAUCUCCAGGCAUUAUAGACGCUUUGACGUUUUUGAGGAAGCAGAGGCUAAUAAAGCUGCUGGGAAGUAUGACAAUGCCUCCAUUGAUUACCAAAUCGAGUUUUACAAGAGGGAGGGCUUGACGCGUUAUUCUCCAGCUAAGCUUCCUAUUACCAGUGAUGUUCCCGAAGGUUGUGUGAUCAUAAGGGAACAUAUUCCCAUCACGAACCUCUUCACGUGUCUUUGGUUCAAUGAGGUGGACCGCUUUACUUCUAGGGACCAGAUCAGUUUUUCCACUGUAAGGGACAAAAUAAUGUCGAAAGUAAAUUGGAGUGUCAACAUGUUUAUGGACUGUGAACGGCGUAACUUUGUUGUUCAGGGGUACCAUAGAGACAUAUUAGAGCAGAUGAAUUCAAUUGCCGCCAUGGCUCAUCCUCCACCACAUUUGAGAAAAGAACCAUCCAAACAGUCCUCAAGUGUGUCCGUUCCUUACAGGUAUGCAAGAAGUUCAGUGCGGAAGAUCCCGACGAGGCGCGGGAGAGAGAGGAGAUCGGGUAAGUGGCGCCAUCGUACCAGAACUGUUGUUGAUAGGGAAAGCAAUUCAUUUUAAAAUUUUGGAUGUAUUUUUCUUCCCGUCUGUUUUGAAAUUAUUCAUUUCAUGAGCAGUACUUGGGCAGAUGAGUGUAAGUUUGAUUUGAAGGAGAACACAGAAAGUGAAGGUCCUAUUUUAUCCCGAAAUGUCAAUACCAAUUCUUUUUGGUGUAAA